AUGAACACACCUGCAGCACGCCAGCUCCUCCUCCGGAGCGUCCCCCGCCUGGCGCCGCGCGCAGUCGCCACCCGACCACAGACCCGACUGGUGAGCACCAAGGACGACCUCGGCGGCCCCGGCGGCCAAAUGCCGCCUCCCCAAAAGCCCGCCGGCCCCGAGGCCAUUAGGCGCAACGGACCACUCUACGCCGGCCUCGGCCUCAUCGCCAUCGCCGCCUACGCGUACCUGACGCAGCCCCGAGAGGCGGAAAAGGCGGCCGGCAAGGCCAUGGCGGCCGGCGAGCGGGCCAAGGCGGCCGGCAAGCGGGAGCUGCAGAAUACAAAGGAGGAGAUGGCCGACGGCGUGCAGAAGAUGAGCGGACGGGACAAGGACGGCCAGCGGGGAUUUCGAUCAGAGUAA